AUGGCCAGGCAGCUCAUCAUCAACACUCUUUGUUGCUCACGGUGGACUCAGCUGACCCUCUUUCUAGUUACCCUACUUUCUCAUUUCACCACCACCGCAACCUACCACUCCGGAGCCCCACAUGAACUACUCAAAGGCUUCAACACUGCCCCCGAUUUAUCCACCUCAUCAUUUCAAACACUGCUCAGUGACUCAGUUGGUAACUACUCACUGGGUUUCCUCCGAGUAAACCAAAAUCAACUGUCCCUUGCCGUGAUCCACGUCCCCUCCAAGGAGCCACUUUGGAUCGCCAAUACAAACAAAUUAGCAAGGUGGUCUGACCAGACUCGAAUCAUAUUCGAUGGCAGCCUUGUAAUUUCUGAUACGCACACAGGGCUAUUUUGGUCAACCUACACCGAUGGGGACCGUGUACGCAUCUCGAACACGUCAAAUUUACUAAUCGAGAAGGUAACUGGCACAAUUUCCAUACUUUGGCAGAGUUUUCAAUUUCCCUAUAAUACCCUCAUGGAGAAUCAAAAUUUCACAAGCGCCAUGAAAUUAGUUUCAUCAAAUGCGAUUUAUUCAAUGAAGCUCGGAUCCAAUUUUAUCGGUUUUUACGCGAAGUUCAACAUGAAUUCAAGUUCUGAUCACGAUACGGUUCAUGGUGAGUUAUACCUUAAGCACAAUCCUUUACAAGCUAAAGCUCGCGUGUUUGAAGGCGAAGGACCUAUCUGGGUCAUAUUAAACCCGGACGGGUAUCUGGGCAUGUACCAAAACGGGUCUACACCAGUUGAUGUUCAGCCUUUUAGCACCUUCCAACAACCCGGUUUGGGUAAUCGCAGGAUCCGACUCGAACCUGAUGGAAAUCUAAUUGCCUAUUUUUGGACCGGGUCAUCAUGGGUAGUGGAUUUCAAGCAAAUAUCCGACCCAUGUGAGCUGCCAAGCACCUGCGGUAGCUAUGGCCUCUGCCAGCCGGGUAAGGGCUGUUCUUGUUUAGACGACCGGAAGGAAUACAUCUCCGGCAGUUGUGAGAUUCCGGGUAACCGGAAAAAAGUCGCCGGCGGUGACUUCUGUGGCUUGUUUGAUAGAAAAUAUCGGGUGUUGAGAAAAUACGGAGUUGAGCUACCCUACAAAGAAAUAAUGGCGUACACGAGAAAGAGUUCAUUAGCGAAGUGUGAGAGUGCAUGUGAAGAAGUGUGCACGUGUUGGGGAGCGGUGUACAGUAACACAUCUGGGUUCUGCUACACCAUAGAUUACCCCAUACAAACACUUGUGGCUGUUGAGGAUGAAACUAAGAUGGGAUACUUUAAGGUGAAAGAAGGUGGUGGGAAGAAGAAGAUGGUGGUGUGGUUGGGUGUUGGGAUAGGGUUAUUAUGUGGGGUAGUUUUGAUAUUUUUGGGAGUUAUGGGGCUGUUUUGGAAAAGAGCUGCAAGGGAAAAAAGAAGAUACGUAGAAGAGGAAGGAGUGGCUCGUGGUGUUGGAUCGUAUAGGGAUCUUGGGUCCACUAAAUUGAAGGCUCUUGAAUUAAGUCAAACGCAAUCAUCUUGA